AGCACCAAUCUUUUACAAGUAGUACUGAACGCUAAAGAGUAGCUUCAGACAUGUCCAACCGUCCCGAAGAACGAAAUCAAGACGCCACGGUAUAUGUUGGAAAUGUAGAUGAUCGGGUCUCUGAAGGAUUACUGUGGGAGUUGAUGUUGCAAGCUGGGCCAGUUGUCAAUGUACAUUUGCCAAAAGACCGUGUCACUCAGCAACAUCAGGGGUAUGGGUUUGUGGAGUACAUGUCAGAGGAAGAUGCGGAGUAUGCGAUCAAGAUUAUGAACAUGAUCAAACUCUUUGGUAAACCGAUACGAGUAAACAAAGCUACAUCCGAUAAAAAGAAUCUCGAAGUCGGUGCGUCGCUCUUUAUCGGAAACCUGGAUCCAGAUGUGGACGAAAAACUGCUAUACGAUACCUUCUCUGCGUUCGGCGUAAUUGUACAAACACCCAAGGUCGCUCGGGAUCCGGAUACAGGGAACUCGAAGGGAUACGGAUUUGUGGCAUUCGAUAAUUUUGAGUCUUCAGAUGCGGCGAUUGAGGCAAUGAAUGGGCAGUACUUGAUGAAUAAGGCGAUUACGGUGUCAUAUGCAUUCAAGAAGGACGGAAAAGGAGAGCGGCAUGGAAGCGCCGCGGAGCGAUUGCUGGCCGCGCAAGCGCGGAGAAAUCAACCUGCACAUCUGCCGAACCGGUUUUUUGCCGAUAUUCCUGGACGACCAGGAAUGCCUGUUGUGCCAGUGGCAAUGCCUGUUCCUCCUGCACCGAUGCCAGUGGCACCACCCGUACCCCAGGCAGCAGCCCCACCGCCUUUCAUGGGCCGUCCACCAGUGCCACCAUUUGGAGGAUUUCCUCCUGGACCACCGCCAGGCGGAUUUCAGCCCCCGCCGCCACGCCCUAUGCCACCUGGACCUCCCCCUAUGCAACGCCCACCAGGUCCUCCACCUGCAUUCCCUGGCCGACCACCCAUGCCACCCCCACCCUUCCCAGGCCAAGGCUUCCCGCCACAACAAGGAUUUCCACAAGGUCAUUUUCCUCCUCCACCACCACAGUGGGGUGCUGGUCGAUAAUGGAAAGUGCGAGAUCUGCUCUUCA